AUGAUCAAAAGAGACAGGGCGUAUUUUUGGUAUUUUGUACUCCACAUCCCGAUCACGAUAUUGAUUGACUCGUGUCUCGUGAUCCCGAGAGAACAUCGGCAUUGGGUGCAGGCGUGGAUGGUGGAUUUCCAUGUGAGGCUGAAUAAGGAUUUUCUCUUGCAGAACCCUCCGCUCUGGCUCCAGGUGUUUGGAGUCUUUGAAUUAUUUUUCCAGCUCCCGGUGUUCUUCUUGGCGGCCUACAAGCUCUUCCGCGGGCGCAGGAAAAUCCACGUGAUGUUGGUUCUUUACGGUUUCAAUGCUUCGUUCACCACUUUGGUUUGUUUGGUGUAUGUGUUGAAAACAGCGCUGAACCACGGUCUCACUGACGGCGAGAAGUGGAAGUUGUUUGCGUUGUACCUCCCUUACUUGCUUAUCCCAGCGUUCAUGAUGGCCGACUCCGGGUCCAGGCUAUUGCUGUGGAUGACACGUCUCCACAAGUUGGAGGCGAAACGGCGCGUCGAAAAGACGCAAACGAAAAAGGUGAGAAAGCCCAUGCCGCGUGCACAUUGA